UGUGCAACUUGCAAAUAUUUGAGAAGAAAAUGUGUCUUAGAUUGCAAUUUCUCACCUUAUUUUCCUUCUAAUAAUCCUAAAAAAUUUGCUCGUGUUCACAAAAUCUAUGGUGCCAGCAAUUUUGCAGGUAAACUUAUCAUUCCAGUCCCGGUGGACCAAAGAGGGCCAGUAGAAAAUUUAUAUUUUGAGGCAUAGUGUAGGAUGCAAGCCCCAGUGUAAGGAUGUGUGAGAACCAUAUCUCUACUGCACCAACAAAUACAAAAUUCAGAAAGAGAGCAGGCCAAUCCAGGCUGA